CAACAUUUUUUGACUUUACUACAAUCACACUCUACUUUGGGCUGUGGCAAUAAUUUAUUUUGAGACAACUUCUCAGGACCGACGAAAAACUGAAACAGUGUACAUAACUUUUUCUUGUUUAUGUAUUUAUUCAUUUCAAAUCAUUUUCUUUACUGCUUUUUUGCAUUUUUUUUUCUUAACUUUUGUAAAUUCUAUUCUUUUUCACUGAAUUUUUAUUGUAACAUACUGAAAUCUGAUUAACAAAAAAAAAUUAUCAAUGCUUUAUGUCAAGACAUAAGGAUGGAAUAAACCACAUCCAGUUAAUUUUUCUGACAUAUAAUUCGGUUGAGUACGACUCAAAGAGUGGAGUACAACUUGAAGAGAAGAGCUGAGUGUGGCUGUUAGAGUGGAGUACAACUUGAAGAGAAGAGUUGCGACUCUUCAAACGAAUUACCUCCCCUUGCAAACAAGCACCGACUUUCUUCAAUUACAGAAUUUCUUACAAACUCUUCACAGUUCCUGGGUUUCCUCUUCAUUUAUUGUCCAACAUGUAUGCAUUCAAUGAUCUCAUAGUACGUACGUAUAUCAUAUUUUUAUUAACUAAUAAUUUUCUGGCCUCAGCUGACCCACCGUCAGCAAACUAUGACAAACUACAACAAUACAAACAUGACAUUUCUGUCCCAAUUAAUGAUUUUACUUUGAAAAUAUUCAAACAACUUCUUGAUUCAAAGACAGGAAACAUACUCUGGUCACCAUUUCUUGUUAGUAUCAGUCUGUCGUUCAUUCAAAUGGCUGAUAAAAUGAACUCUACAGAGAAAAUCCAAUCUCUGCUUUAUCCAUCUGUUUCAUGGGAAUUAUUCCAUCAUAGUUUCACAGAAUAUUUGAAAACUGUUCAAGAUUUAUCAAAUUUCCAGUUAUCCAAUAAAUUAUAUAUUGAUCCGGUUCUUCUUCCAAACAUCAACAUUAAUAUUAGCAAAUAUUACUUUUUGGAAAUAGAUGAAAUUAAUCCAAGAACUAUUGGUAAAUUAAGUGAUAAAUUCCAUAAAAAUAGAAUCAGCAAUUUUAUGUCAUUUGGCAACUCAAAUGAAGAAAUAUUUGCUGUAUUGGUGAACAGCUUGCAUUUCCAAGGAUUUUGGGAAAAUCAAUUUAACCGAAAGUUUACCAUGAGAGAAACCUUUUAUGUGACAGAAAAGCAAACAGAAGUUGUUGAAAUGAUGUAUACAGAAAACUAUUUUGCUAUAAAGUCAGAUGAACGUUUUAGUUUUAGGAGUCUAGAAAUACCUUUGGCUGGCAACAGGUUUAGCUUCUACAUCAUUCUUCCGGAUGAUAUUGAAGGAAUUACAUCAAUAGAAAAACAGCUGACAUCACGACUCUUGUGGCAAAUUAUCGCCAAUAAGGCUUCUCCGAGAAAUGUUGCUUUGAUUUUGCCCAAGUUUCAAAUGAAAUCUAACUUUACUUUUCAAGAUAUUUUAUUCAAAGAAACGACUGACCAUCUCUUCAAUUUGGAAAAUAACAACUUAACGAAUACCCACGUUCACUUAAUUGACAUUCUUCACCAAGGUUUUCUCAAUUUCAAUGAACUGGGAACAACAAGCAGUCCUGCUACUGUCCGAAAAUCCAGUCAUUUGAUUGAAAAAAAAGCAAAACAUGAAACCUCUUUCACUGUUAAUCAUCCAUUUUUAUUCUUUAUUGUUGACAAAACUUCUUUCAUGAUUCUGCAUGUGGGAAAAUGCACUCACCCUGACAGCAGUACGGUACCCCAUCAACAAAAUACCCAUGAUGAGCUUUGAUUAUCUUUUAAAACAAAUGAAAACAAGACAGUCUUUGGAUUGUAUAAACCAAAAUUUUGAUCACCAUUUUAACAUGUGUUUUUCUCUGCUGCUGACAUGGGAUGGAUUAAUCUCCACUGUUUAUCUUCUAUGCUUGCAUCCUGCAAUAUUCUCUGAUUUGUCCUCAAGCUAUUCUCUGUUGUCAUUCGAACAAGUCUACUUUCCAUUAUUCAACUUCUGGUGCCUUCUCAUCCAAUACAUACCGUCCAUACACAAAGCAGUGUAGCCCCUGCUUCUGUUCGUAUUAAGCUAAUCUGUUACAAACCCUCUUACCUUCUCAGCUCAUUUAAGAUCAUCCUUUCAUAAUUAAAAGCUAAAACUAAAAAAUUUUCCUACUUUUUUUACAAAAAAAAAACCAAAAAAAAAACUCUCAAGUGACCUGAAACAAUACUCGUUUAUUUUAUGAAUUUUAAUUCUACCAAGACAAAUUCUGUGAUAACUCUUCCAUCGUUCUUUGUAACAAAUCUCCAGAGCAUUCUGUUGGUCAUAUUUAUUAGAACCAAGAUUUCCAGAUUUAGAAAUAAUAUAUUUCUAAAUCUAUCAGAGAGCUUUAUGCAGUAGCAGGAUGAUAAAGCAAUCAUAUGUUAUCAACUUAAUAUGACAGUUUCAUAAAAGGGAGGAAUGCUAGUGUUAUUUAGCUCUAGGAAACACUGUUUCCUGUUGGACUUGACACAUUUCCUGUGUCAUUAUCCUGUGUCUCCACUUUGAAAACAUAAGGACACAGUAAAUGUGUCAAGUCCAACAGGAAACGGUGUUUCCUUGGGCUAAAUAAUACUAGCAUUCUUCCCUUUUAUGGGAUUGUCACAUUUAUCACUUUAUCGCGCUGCUACUGCAUAAAGCUCUCUUAGAGAUUUAGAAAUAUAUCAUUUCUAAAUCCCCUGAGAUGCUUUUGUGUUAUCUGGAAAUCCUGAUUCCAAUAAAUAUGACCAACAGAAUGCAAAUGAGUGCCAAACUGUAGCAGAAAUUCAAAAGUAUUUUUAUUCAAUGGAUUUGUUUUCUCGUUUGGCUAAAAAAAUUUUAUCUAAAAUUCUUUUCCUAAAAACAAUUGACAACUGUUGUGAAUAAGCAACAGAAUUCAAGGAAACUGGAAGUAGUUUGCAUCAUUCGGUGGACGGUUCUCUUGUGAUGAAUACUUCUUUGCAAUUCAUAUUUAUAUUUAUUUUCCAACUUUUCAAAGAACAAUGCCACUGCUCCACCGUUUCAACAUCACAACUGCUGUAAGAACCAAAACCUUUUGGAGUGCUAGGUUGAUUCUCUCCAAUUGUAAGCAAAUUGGAAAAUUUACAUAAGAUUAACAAAAAUGUCUAUUCCAUGCAAUAUAGUUUUUAACCACAAUCUUAAACUUUGCUCUUCUCCCUCGAUUUAUGAAUUGCAAAUGACCAAUUAAAUGUCAGUUUACUGGACACAAACAAAGCCUGGAAGCUUUGCCAACUUAUCUGCCAGCCUCCUACUCCAUCCAUGCCUCUUGUUCCAUCACAAAUUGUGAUUAUCAUUCCAAUUGAUCUCCCUGUCUCAGAAACUGAGCAAGCUAUUUGCCAUAUGAACUUAAUCUUUCUCUCUUCACAAGGAAGCUAAAGGAAUUCUUCUGUAUUAACACCAAACAUUUGUUGGAUCCCAAUGAAAAGCAAAGAAAAAGCGAUGACUGUUAAAGAUUCCCCCAAGUCUAAAAUGUCACACAAACCGGAUGGAGAAUUUGUGUUGGUGGAACUCAGCCUAUUUAUAAACAAGGGCUGCUAUGACUUAGAGCUGUUCAACCUCGAGAAGCACUUCAUAAAGUCCAACUCUCCUUUCUUGGAUGCAGGUUUUAUACAACCUUCUCUCCAGCUAUCUUUUGCCCUUGUCUGAUCUCCAGAAGCACAUUGUUGUAUUCUUCCAGUUCCCAAACUUCUGCAAGGAUACCAUCCAGACUGCAAACGUUACCACCCUGGAUCAAUUCAAAAGCAUUUUGCAGAUCAUCAAUGGCCAAAGAAUCCUUCUUUAUGUCAAAUUCUUCAGGAAAGACUGCAUCAACAUUGCCCUCAGCAAUUUCUGGAGGUUUACCUUGACUUUCCAAAGAACUUCUCCCAUGAUUUGAUUCCUUAGUCUGGAAAUAUUUGACUUCUUUCUUCCCCUGAUUUUAUUUCAUGUCUUGCAUGUAACUUCUGGCUUCUUGCUUUUAGCUGCAUUUCUGAUUUCUUCAAUCUUCCUUUGCAGAUAUUCAACUCCAUCUUUCUCAUAAGCUCGUUUCGCUCUUUUUGUAGGCCUCGUUAAUCUGGUUGCAUGCUCUAGCUGUUUACAACACUGACAAAUCUGAGCCGUUUCCUAUGGCUUUUUCUUUUGUACUUUGGAUUUAUGAGGGAUCGUCUCUGAUGUUGUUUGCUCAAAAUUUGAAGUUGUCGGAAGUGUUGGUUGGUGAGUUUGUCUUGUUUCCCUCUUGAAGAAUUUAGUCUGAACAAAGAUGACAAAAGUUAUUCUGAAUUUCAGAGUCUUUCUUCAGAACCAAUCACUUUCGGUGAUAUGAAGACUCGGUCAGAAUCUCGCAGACACAAAUGUGAUGAUCAGAAUUGAUACUUAUGAAAUGAUGUGUAAGUUCUAAAGAUUUUUUUUACAAUAAUCAUGCAAUCACUGUGAUUUGCUUCCAUUGGGUCUGGAAAUAUCCAGAUUCGAUUGGAUACAACAUUCCAGAAGAAAAUCAGACAUAAAAGGAGAUUUUCUCCAAGAAAGCCCUUAAAUAUUGUACCAUUUUUAUUGGUUUCAGAAUGAGUUGAGCCUUAACCCUUUAGUGUUCACAUUAUUCUACCAAAAUUAAUUCUUCAUCCACUUUGUUUUGAACUAAUCAUGCAUUA